AUGGGAGCUCUCCGGUGGCUCUCCGUUGCUGCUACUGCCUCGACCGCGUUGGCCCUCAACCCUGAGGGCCUGAUAAGCGCUCCACGGAGAUCGGAAGCGAUCCCUAACCCUUCUGGUGAUGUCGCGGUGUUCUCGCAAUCGCAAUACUCCUUCGAGACCCACAAGACUACCUCGCAGUGGAACCUGCUGGACCUCAAGUCAGGCGAUAUCAAGCUCCUGACGAAUGACAGCGAUGUCUCCGAGAUUGUCUGGCUGGGCUCGGAUGACUCCACCAUUCUCUAUGUCAAUGGCACCAAUGCCGACAUUCCGGGAGGUGUAGAAUUGUGGGUGUCGGACAUCUCCGAUUUCGCCAAUGGAUAUAAAGCAGCUUCAUUGCCAGCUUCAUUCUCCGGUUUCAAAGUCGUCACCACAGACUCCGGCGAUGUACGCUACGUCGCAUACGCCGAGUCGUGGGCAAAUGGCACAGCAUACAAUGAAGAGUUAGUGGCAAAGCCUCUGAGCUCUGCUCGCAUCUAUGACAGCAUCUACGUGCGCCACUGGGAUUACUACCUCACCACCCGAUUCAAUGCUGUGUUCUCUGGCACCUUGAAGAAGUCGGAGGGCAAGGGCAAGGCUACCUACAAGGCUGAUGGAGGUCUCAAGAACCUCGUCUCCCCUGUCAAGAACGCUGAGAGCCCCUACCCGCCUUUUGGUGGCGCCUCGGACUAUGACCUCUCCCCCGACGGCAAGUGGGUUGCUUUCAAGAGCAAGGCACAUGACAUUCCCCGUGCCAACUACACCACUGCGUAUAUCUUCCUUGUCCCCCAUGACGGAUCGAAGACCGCUGUCCCAAUCAAUGGACCCGAUAGCCCCGGUACCCCCGAGGGUGUCAAGGGUGACGCCGGCAGCCCGGUGUUCUCGCCGGAUAGCAAGAGGAUUGCGUACUGGCAGAUGGCCGAUGAGUCUUACGAGGCAGACCACCGCACAUUGUACGUGUACACUGUCGACUCUGAGAAGACUAUUCCUUCCCUUGCAGCAGACUGGGACCGGUCUCUCGACUCCGUGAAAUGGGCAGAUGACGACAAUCUUAUCAUUGGUGUUGAGGACGCAGGACGUAGCCGUCUGUUUUCUAUCCCAGCAGAUGCCGGCGACGACUACAAGCCUAAGAACUUCACUGACGGCGGUGUUGUAUCUGCUUUCUAUCAAUUGCCCGAUUCCACCUAUCUGGUUACCGCGAGUGCCAUCUGGACCAGCUGGAACGUCUACAUCGCUAGCCCCGAGAAGGGCGUGAUUAAGACGUUGGCCACUGCCAACAAGAUUGACCCUGAGCUGAAAGGCCUGGGUCCUGAAAUCGUCGACGAAUUCUACUAUGAUGGUGACUGGACCAAGAUCCAAGCCUUUGUUAUUUACCCCGAGAACUUCGACAAGAGCAAAUCCUACCCCCUUCUCUACUACAUCCACGGUGGACCCCAGAGCUCGUGGCUCGACUCCUGGAGCACCCGCUGGAACCCCAAGGUCUUCGCCGACCAGGGAUACGUAGUCGUCGCCCCCAACCCAACCGGAAGCAGUGGCUUCGGCGAUGCCCUCCAGGACGCCAUCCAAAACCAAUGGGGAGGCUAUCCCUACCAAGACCUCGUCAAAGGCUGGGAAUACGUCAACGAGAACUUCGACUUCAUUGACACCGACAACGGUGUCGCCGCAGGCGCCAGCUACGGUGGUUUCAUGAUCAACUGGAUCCAAGGUAGCGAUCUCGGCCGCAAAUUCAAGGCGCUGGUCAGCCACGACGGCACAUUCGUCGCAGAUGCCAAGGUCUCGACCGAAGAACUGUGGUUCAUGCAACACGAGUUCAACGGCACAUUCUGGGAUAACCGCGAAAACUACCGUCGCUGGGACCCCUCUGCUCCUGAACGGAUCCUCAAAUUCAGCACCCCAAUGCUCAUCAUCCACAGCGAUCUCGACUACCGUCUCCCCGUCUCAGAGGGUCUCUCUCUCUUCAAUAUCCUCCAGGAACGCGGUGUCCCUAGUCGGUUCCUUAACUUCCCGGAUGAGAAUCACUGGGUCCAAAACAAAGAAAACAGCCUCGUCUGGCACCAACAGGUGCUGGGCUGGUUGAAUAAGUACUCAGGUGUGGAAGAGUCAAACAAGGAUGCCGUCAGCUUGGAUGAUACUGUUAUCCCUGUUGUGGAUUAUAACCCGUGA